UGCAGUUUUGGAAUAAGCCUGAGGUUGAGUUGGCACUUGGCAGCAUAGACAUCUUGGCAGUGUUUGCUUUGUGCGUCUGUUUAUAUUUUAGUCAAACGGGAGCAUGUGAACCAUACCAAUCAUACAUUUAGUUGGGCCAGUUUUAAUUUAAUUUAGCCAUCUUUUAUCGGCUAAUUUCUGUGCGCGAUGCAGAUACUAGCUUCGCAACAGGCGAUCCACGGUUUGGUGAAAUAUAAUAUCAUAAUAUAAUAUAACUGCACUAGUUUUUCAUCCUACUGAUCACGAGUAAGGGGUAAUGAACUGUUUACAUCAUGACAUUGAGGAGAGUGAAUGUGGUGAUUCUGGUGCUGCUGGUAGUCGCCUUCUUGAUUGUAAUUCAACGAAAUCUCUUAAAUCUUAAUGACUUUUUAAAGAAAGAAACUCCAGAUUCAGUUUCUGGGGUGAUCCUUCCCUUUGAAUCGGACGUGUCCCCUAGUGUCAGAGCAGACUCAAUAAGGACAGGGGAUGAGAUCCCUGUUGUCAUCACUGCCUCUGAGGAGAGACUGGGUGCUGUGGUGGCUGCAAUCAACAGCAUCCAUCAGAACACCAAAGCCAACGUGGUGUUCAACAUAGUGGCCCUCAACGACACAGUGGAUCAUCUACAGGAGUGGUUGAGUAGGACCAGGCUCAACCAUGUCAAGUACAAAAUAACCGUUUUCAAACCUGAUGUCCUAAAUGGCAAGAUAUCAAAAGAUCCAAAGAGACUGGAAACCGUGAAACCGUUAACGUUUGCUAGGUUUUAUCUGCCCUUCUACUUACCUGAAGCUGAGAAAGCCAUCUAUCUAGACGAUGAUGUCAUUGUGCAAGGAGAUAUUAAAGACCUUUAUGAAACCAGCUUGAAACCGGGACACGCAGCAGCCUUUUCAGAUGACUGUGAUUCAGCCUCCACCAAGGGCAUCGUACACGGGGCUGGGAACCAGAAUUACUACAUCGGCUUCCUGGACUUCAAGAAGGAAGCCGUCAAGAAGCUGGGGAUGAGGGCCAAGACGUGCUCCUUCAACCCCGGGGUCAUCGUGGCGAACCUCACCGAGUGGAGGAACCAGAACAUCUCCGGCCAGCUGGAGCACUGGAUGGAGCUCAACGCACAGCAGGAUCUUUACAGCAACACAUUGGCAGACAGCAUCACCACCCCUCCACUUCUUAUCGUGUUCUAUAAACAUCACUCCUCCAUCGACCCCAUGUGGCACGUCAGGCACCUUGGCUCCACAGGGGCUGGCCCGCGAUACUCGGCCCAGUUUGUGAAGGCAGCAAAGCUCCUCCACUGGAACGGACAUUACAAGCCCUGGGGGGUGAAGUCAGCCUACUCUGACGUCUGGGAGAGGUGGUACAUCCCGGACCCCACAGGGAAGUUCAGUCCUCUUCGCAGACACUCGGGAGAGUAACGCCUAGGGCUACGCACGAUGAAUGACCUGCUCUAGCAAAGUGACCAUGGCUGAGGAAAUCUCAGGAAUAACGUUCAUUUGUGGGUUAGUUGCCCCUCAUACAUGCCAUGGACCUCAUUUAGAAAACCAUAGACAUGCAUUGAUGAAUCAUAAUCAACCAAUUGGGAGUUGCGACAUGUGGACGCCCAUAACAACCGUAAAUGGUCAACUCAUCCAGAAUGUUCAUAUAUCUGGAUCAGCGUUACCGGACAUACUAGAACCCCCAGCACACUACAUCAUUAACCUGCUGUCAUGGCUUCAGUUACCAAAUCAUUUAGUCUAAUAGACCUGAGGUAUUGUCCGUAUGUCCGACUUCUACACAAGGCCCCUGUCACAUAUUGCCUUCCAUUCAUGAUUCAUCCACUUUCUUCACUCAGUUUUUAAAUGAAUGCUGUGUUUUUUAGCACUACAUAGUGGACUAUGGGUGUUUAUCUCCUUGUCUAAAGCCUCAAACUCUUAAAGAUAUUUAUCAUGCUAUAUCAAUCCUAUGCUUUUGUAGAAUGACAAAGGGAUUAGUGUUGAAGAAACAACUGUCCAAUCAGCAACCAGUCCUUAUCCACCAGUAAUGCCACUAUAUUCUUAAAUAGCCAAAUUAUCAGAAUGUCAUUAAAUCUAUUGGGACCAAUUUCAUGAAGGAAUUGCAGUAGUUGGGUGUCCUUGCAGCUUUGUUACCCAUUUUGUAUUUAUCCACAAUAUCUUGUAUCAGCUGACAUUUGAUUUCAUGCGAGUGGAAACGUUACAUACGAGUGGAAAUACCUUUUGUAGUUGGCUGUUCUGAAAAAUGGACAUUUGUAACUUGAAUUUUUUACUGCCUUCAUGAACAUUUCUUUGAAAGAAUAACCAGGUGGUCAUUUCAUGGAUUUAAAGUAGGCAAACCACUAACCAGACCACCAGCAACAGGAAAUGUGCACAGAAUUAGUUUACAAACCAUUGAUAUCAACUCUGUUCUUGUAGCAUUUAUCAAAAACUGUUGUACCCAUUAUUUUGUUUACUUGCUUCAAUAAAGUAACAAUUUCUAGA